AGUGACAGCAUGAACAAGAAAAAUCUCUUUCCCAUAAUUCUACUAAUUAUAUAUCUUUACUGGUAUCACAGUUACAUGAUCGGAUUUAUAAUAUUUUUAAGCGAUACAUUGAUGCUCUGGCAAUUUAUAGUCUAUCCCAUAUUUUUUCAUCUGUUGUUUUACAUGAUGACCUGGUCUAUGGUGGCAACUUGGCUAAUGCCCACAGGAAAGGUUCCUCACAAGUAUAAAUUGACCACGUUCCAGAUAAGGACUUUGUUGCGUAGUCCUGAUGACAAGAGGCAGGUGGUUUUAGCGGCUUUUUAUCAAAACAAAGGUAUCAAAAUGUUCUGCAGAACAAGGAGUGGAAAUCUAAGAUUCUGCAAAUACUGUUUUCACUUCAAGCCCGAUAGAGCACACCAUUGUUCCCAAUGUGACACGUGCAUCUUAAAAAUGGAUCAUCACUGUCAAUGGUUGAACACGUGCAUUUGCUUGACCAAUCAAAAGGGCUUCUUGCUGGCUCUAUUUUACUGCUUUUUGUUUUCCAUAUUUUAUAUAUGCACCACUUUCAAUGCGUUCAUCUACUUUUUUACAUCGAAUCUGCCGAACCCAAAGGAGUAUCUUUGGGUGAUCAUCGGGUAUGUAUUAAAAAGGUUUGUUACAACCAGUUGUGUGGCACCAAUCAUUUUCAUUUUUGUUUUCUUGCAUCUGUCGCUAAUAGCGCAAAAUAAGACUCUCGUCGAGGACCUAGAUCCGCCGUAUUUCACUAACAGAUACAGUACCUACGAUUUAGGUUUAGUCGAAAACCUCGAACAAACCUUAGGUAGGAACAAGUGUUUAUGGUUGAUACCGAUUUUUAACCAGGACGGCCCCGGUUUGGUGUUUCAAACCCGCAAAGGUCGGUUGAGACGGCCCAGAACUUUAGAAACACAUCGAAGCACGGUUCAUCGCAUGGACGCUCAACGGACAUUAUCCGAUUAUAUAAGAUGAAAUCAUAAUUUUAAUUGUACUAUAGUAAUAAUUCAAAUACUGUGUCUGUGAUAGGUGGAUGUAAAAUAAUGUCAAUGGCUUGACAGGUCUAUUUUUAUUAGGUAUAACCGC